AUGAGCAGUGAGGAUGAUAUUAGGGCCAAAAGAAUCGAGAGGCUCAACCUUCUUGCUGCUAUGAGUGCUUCAAGCAAGAAAGACUCUGACCGUAUCCCUGACGGCGAAAUCGCCAAUCUGAGCACCAUCACCACAGCUUCAACCCCAAACCCUGAAUUUAAGCAGCCAGAAAUUCUUCAGCAAAAAAUUGUGAAGAAAGAUGAAUUGAAGACUGUUACUAAUUCUUCUUCUUCUGCUUUACCUUCCCCUGAUCCAAAAGAUAUUGCUGGAAUCCUAAAGAGUUGGAUCAUGUCCGAAGUCUCCCAAAUAUUACUCUCAUCGUUUUCCCCAAUGGAGGAAGAUACUGAUUCUAGAAUAUUUGUUGAUUCUUCAUUCAGUGAAAUUAGCAAUUUGGAUGAUGCAGAUAGUUCUGGGUUUGUUAAGCUAUUCAUGGAAGACAAUUUGAUUGAUAGGGUUAUAUUGGAGAACUUAACGGAGCUCGGAAGACCAUCACCCUUAUUGUAUUUAUUCAAGGUCUGGGAAAAUGCCAAAGAAAAUUUAAAAAAGGUCAGCAAAAAGAUUUCACUAAAGAAAACUUCCAUGAAGGCUGAAGAUGGAGAAAUUUUUCAUAAGCAGAAAUCAGUAUUGAAUGAUAUCAUCCGCUUGACAUCAUCCUACGGAUUUCUUGCCUUCCAAGUGCCAGAUAUGUACAUCAAUGGUUCGGAAGAAAAGUAUAUGGAAGAAUUCAUCCUUCAUAUUUCUAACCCUGACUUCAAUGAAUAUUGUGUCAAUAUUAUUGAGGAAGCAAAGCAGCAGGACUCUUUAUUAGGGAUUUUGGACAUUUGGUUUCCAGCGUUAUCUAAAUUCUUGUUGGUCAAUAAGAUUACCGAUUUGAAUGAUCAAAGGUAUACCUCAAUCCUCAAUUUCUAUUUAGCAACAUUAACAGACAAAGACAUUGCGUCGGUGUUCACUCAAAUUGCCACAUUUUCUGCCGACUCGAUCAAGUUUGCUCCUCAUAUUGAAUUCCGGAGCUUGUUAGGACCGAUUUUGAGAGUCGCUCCACUUGGGGAAGUUGAAUCACUUCGUCUCUAUGAUAGAUCCAGUGGAGAUAAAUCGAAAUAUGAUAUCUAUAAUACUCAGAAGCUUGUUGCCACUCAACAUCGGAAUUUGUUGGACAUUUAUUUGUUUCCAAUUUGCGACAAAAUUAUUAGAUCUGGUGCUAGAUCAAGGCAGGAUUUGUUGAAAUAUUUCAGCCAUAUCAUAAACCUCAAUCAUUUGAGAGUGGCCACUCAACCAGACCCUUCGAAAUUGUCGACCCAUGGGUUCAUUUGCAAUAUUAGCAUGAUUCUUGUAAAAUUCUCUCUACCAUUUUUGAAAUCCGAUUUCAAAAAGCUCGGGAAGAUUGACAUUGAUUAUUUCAAUAAAAAUCAAUUACUUGAUAUCACUGAAGAAACCAGAAUUAACUCCACUACAAAAGAGGCGGACUCCUAUUUUGAAAAGCAUAAAUCAACAGAGACACCGAAUUUCAUCUCCGAUUGCUUUUUUUUGGCAUUGACAUAUUUACACUAUGGUAUUACUGGUCUCUCUCACGCAGAAUCAAAAAUUACUGAUUUGAUUGGCUAUUUGGAGAAGAAAGUGAAAGCGCUCGAGGCACAAAAGAUGAAAAUGUCUGCGGCAAACCAGCAAGCUUAUGAGAGAAUGGCCAGUAUUCAAAUUGAAAGACUUCAAAGACAAUUGAACCCUUUGAAGGCCCAAGUUGAUUCACUACAUUGCUUUUUCCUCAACGAGGAAUUCCAAUUUGAUAUUUUUGAAUAUGUAUCAUCGAGUUGUGUCUUCUUUACAAGGGUUAUUGAUCCACAACAUUCAUUCCCUAGCACUACCUUGAAGCUUCCUUUGAAUCCUGAUAACGAAGUAUUCGAGAAUAUUGAUAAUGCAGAAGCCCUCAGAGAAAUGUCACCAAUUCCCUUCAGAUACUAUCCAGAAUUUGCUAUCGAAAGUAUCAUUAAUUAUAUCACUUACAUCAUCAAGUAUACCAAGAACUCGCUCCAACAGAAUUCUCAAAGAUUGAAUUUCUUUAUUGAAUUUGCGGUGGUUUUGUUGAGAUGUCCGGAAUUGAUCAGUAAUCCACAUUUGAAAGGUAAACUUGUGGAAUCGUUGUUUUAUGGCGCUGUGCCACUCUCUAAGAUGGACUAUAACCCAGGAUUUAUGAUUCAAUCUUUUAUGACCAAUAAGGUAGUUUUGGGCCAUAUGUUAUAUGCCUUAUUGGACUUUUACGUUCUGGUGGAAAAAACUGGGGCAUCAUCCCAAUUUUACGAUAAAUUCAAUAGCAGAUACCAUACUUCGGUGAUUAUCGAAAAGCUUUGGAGUAUCGAACAUUAUCGGAAUCAAUUGAAAGAAUACAGUGAGAAGAAUGAAGAUUUUUUCAUUAGGUUUGUUGCGAGAAUGUUGAACGACACCACCUAUUUACUUGAUGAAUCGCUUAGUGAAUUAUCAAAGAUUCAUUAUAUUUCCGAAGAGAUUGAUAAAAGGACUCAAAGUGGCGAUUUGGAAACAGUUGUCAAUUCCGAAUUUGAUGGGUCUACCUUUGAAGAAUUGAAUACCAGAUUAUUGCAAUCUGAAAGGCUGGCAAAAUCUUUUAUUGGCUUGAGUACUAAAACUAUUGAAUUGUUUGAUUUGUUUACUAAAGAAGUUCCAAAGGCCUUCACAAAGUCGGAAAUUGUUAAUAGAUUGGCGGGGAUGUUGGAUUACAAUCUUAAUCAAUUGGUGGGUCCAAAAUACGGUGAUUUAAAAGUUCAAAACCCAGAAAAGUAUCAAUUCAAUCCACGUAAAUUGUUGACCGAUAUUUCCAAGAUUUUUGUGAAUUUAUCUAAAGAGAUUGACUUCAUUACUGCAGUGGCAAGAGAUGGAAGAUCUUUCAAGAAAGAAUUAUUCAUUAAAGCACACAAGGUUUUAUCGAAAUAUGGUCAACUUGAUUCGACAUCUUUGGACAGUCUUAUCGAAUUUGCCAAUCAGGCCGAACAAAUCAAAUUGGCAGAAGAGGAAGAAGAAGAAGAAUGGGGAGAUGAUCUUCCAGAAGAGUACUUGGAUCCAUUGAUGUACACCUUGAUGGUUGAUCCUGUGAUUUUGCCAUCCUCCAAGAUCUCCAUUGACAGAUCAACGAUUAAGGCACAUUUGCUCAGUGAUCCUACUGAUCCAUUCAAUAGAGUUCCUUUGAAACUUGAACAAGUUGUCGCCAACACAGAAUUGAAGGCCAAAAUUGAUGCUUUUAGGAUGGAAAAGAGAAUGGCAAAGAGAGCUAAAAAGGAUGACGGUGAUGUGGAGAUGAAAUACUAG